AUGAGUCUUGAUUCAUCACCAGAAGUUAAAUGUGCUCAAUUAUCUCAUGAUUUAGAGCAUUAUGUUAAUCUUGCAUUAAAAGCAGAAUUUAGAAAUGUUAAUAAUGAAUUAUCGAGUGAUCUUACUACAUCUUUGUGUAAUGUUGUUGAAGCUAUAUUUAUAAAUGGUUUGAAGGAUCCUUUUUAUAUAAAAGGUACCAGACAUAAUAAAUAUCCACAACCGAAUUUUUGGCCACUUGUUUAUAAAUUUACUGAUCCUGUAAUAUUAAAAAAAAUAACAAGUCUUAGUUUAGUUAAAACAGAAAUUGGUAAAGCAAGAGCAUGGGUAAGGAUUCAUUUAAAUUUGAAAGAUCUUGUUAAACAUAUUAGUAAAUUUAUUGGUGAUUCUAAAGCUAUGGGCCAAUUUUAUCACGAGACAGCAUUUUUAAGAGAUGGUAAUUUAAUAAUGAAUGCCUGUCACAUGAUUAUGAAACUUGAGAUGGAAGAAGAUCUUAAAAUUAAUGCAUCAAUUAAUACACCAUUUCUUGAUAUAUGGACUAAUGAUCCAUUAGUAUAUGCUGGAAUAGUACAAGGUAGAAGAGAAAUUGCUACUAUUGAAAGUUUAACAAGAAGUAUGAUGGAAAAAAAAAUUCUUGAAGAAAAAAGAAAAGAAAGUAUAUCUGAAGAGGUUGAUGAAUCUGAAGAAGCUAUUAUUUUAUUAAAUUCAUCAAUGGAAGGUUGUGAUACUCCAACAGAACAAUUAAAUGAUAAUUGUUUUUUAAAUAAAACAAAUGAUGAUGAUAAUAUUAGUGAUGAUGCUCAAAGUUCAAUUUAUUCGCAACAAUCACAAUAUGCGGAUUCAGUUGGUGUUGGUAUAUUAGAUAUUUAUGGUUUAUCACCAAAUACAUCUGGUCAUUUUCUUAGUUCAACACCAAAACAAGAAUAUAUGAAAUUUGUUUUACCAGACUUUUCUCCUGCUUCAACAGAGCACCUCCCAUCAGCUGUACAAUUUCAAAGAAGGAGAGCUAGGAUACAAAGAAAAACUUCUUGUGGUUUACUGAUAAAUAAUAGUAAAUCAGAAAAAGUAAUUGAUAAACUUAAUAUAUCAAAAGAUAGUGGAAAGUCAUUUAAAAGUGAUGAACAAAUAAUAACAAAAAAAAUAAGUAUUAAAGAAAAUGAAAUUGAUAAUACUAUCUAUAGUUCUUCAUGCCCACAAAGAGCAUUAGUUAAUGGGUUUGAUGAUAAACUACAACAAACAACUAUGUUUACAAUUGGAAUGAGUGAAAAUUCUUUACCAGAAGCUGUUUCAGAGAAAGAUGAAAUUAAUUCUAUUGAGACACCACCAUCAUCUGAUGAUAGAAAUGAAUAUACGAAUGAAAAAUUAAAUGACGAAAAUGAAAAGAAAAAAAUAGUGUAUGAUAGUGAAGUUGAUGAUAUAACAAUGAAACGUUAUUGUAAAAGUUCCACAAGUUCAGUUUCAGGUGAAAAAUUUUUUACUGAUAAUGAACAUAGUAUUUCCCAUAGUUUUUCAUCUGGUAAUAGCUUUAGUGGUUUUCGUUGGAGAAAACCAAGUUCUAGACAAUCAAUAUCUCCAUCUUCACUUGAGGUUUGUAAAAAUUCUUUUGAUGCAUGUAAAAGUCCAGAAAAUGAAGAUAAAAGAGAUGAAACACAAGAACCAUCUCAUAAAUGGGAAACUAAAACAAAAUCAGAUGACGAAGAAAGAGAAACUUUUAUUAGAAUGAUUAAACAAAUUCCUCAUGAGGAAGGUAUAGAUAAACAACAUUAUCGUUGUUAUAUGUGUUUUAAAAGUAUUGAAAACAGAGAAAAUAUUUAUACCCCAUGUAAUUUAGAUAAAAAGUAUUAUUGUAAAGCGUGUAUGAAAGAAGGAACUAAAAGAUUAAUACCAAGUAGAGUUAUAUUAAACGGAGACUUUAGAGCAAUGAAAAUUUCACCUAUUCACAAUAAGAUGAUUAAAAAAGUUUAUAGGGAUAAAAUUUUCGAUAUUGAAACUAUGAAUCCAUUAAUCUAUAAAUAUUCAAAAAGGUUUAGAAUAAUAAAAGAAAAAAGAACAAUUUUAAGUUUUGUUGCUCUUUAUUUGAUGUAUUGUCAGGAAAGUGUUAGGCAGCAACUUUGUGAUAUUCUUGCUGAAGAUGAUAAAAAUGUAACCAAUAUUCAUUCAUAUUCAUGGAAAGACUUAGAUGAAACGGGUAGUGGUGAACUUGAAAAAAGGAUAACCGGUUAUAUUGAAUUUGCCAUAAAUCAUGUCUAUCAUUGUCCUUUAUGUAGCCAAAAAGGAUUCUAUUGUGAAAUAUGUUCAACUAAUCAAAUAAUUUAUCCAUUUCAAACUGAUGAGACAUAUAGAUGUAGUGAUUGUUAUUCAGUCUAUCAUAGAGAAUGUUAUGACAAAACAAAGAAAUGUCCUAAGUGUAUACGUAAGAAGAAGCUAGCUGAAUCAAUUGUUAAUAAUCCUAUAUAUAUAUAG